GUAACGUUAUCUCGUAAUAGGAAGUAUUAAAAGUUUACACGCAGACUGUAUAUUAUUGUAUUUCCGGGCGCGUUUACGGUACGUAACAUCAUUUAUAUAAUAUUAUCGUCUAAGCUGUAGAUAAAUAGACCAAUAGUUACCGAUACCCGGGGCAUUUCAUUAUGAAUAUCCGCUACGUGGCCACUCUCUCUCCCUUAGAAAAGCUCCGCUAACAGACAGACACUUUAGUUACGUAUUUUCCAUAGUUAUCCAUCCCUGCAGACCAAUGAAAGCACAAUAAUUCCCUAUAUAAAAUAAAACAUUUUGUUACGAAAUCCACCGAUUCAAUCAUUUUUGUAAUCAUUUACCGUGUUUCAUAUUAUACAAUACAUUGGACACGCAGUGAGCGAAAUCUCACUCUACAGAGUGUCCGUUUGAACACACGACGACAUUUAUUAUAUGUGUCGAGUUGGACUUUUUACAUUCUCCUGCGAUCAUUAUAAAUUUUCUAUCCAAGAUCGUCGAAACUUUCGAAUCGUAUUUGGCAAUUAAUUAAAUUUUUUGAAACGCUAAGCUGAGCUGAAUAAACGCGCGCGCGCUUAUAAUAAUUUCCGACGGCAUCGUUUUUAUAACAACACGCGGGCACACUGCACGCCAUGACCGCAGUUUCCAAAUCUGUCAGCUUCGCAAAAACCUGUCGUCCGCUAUGUGUACAUUUUGAAACCGACUAUUGUUCCGGUAACCCUUUUGUAGUAUAGUUUUGUGCCCCCGUCCUCGCGCGGAACAUAUUGCUGAACGUAUAGCGCUGAACCCUUUUUAUACACACGGAGAGCGUAUAAUAAUAAUAAUAAUAAUAUAAUGUUAUCAUUGUUAUAAUCUUGUUUAUGGUCGUUAAUGCGAAUUAUUAGGUACUCGUACAUAAUGUAUUGCAGUAAUACUAUAUAAGUGCGUAUUUCAUAUAGGUAUUCGAUUACAUAACCGCGAUACUUAUCGUUAGAAUAUUAUAUUUUAUACAUUUUUUUUUUUUACAUUUUUUUUUUAUUAACAACAUAUAUCAUCAUAACCAAAUUCGUAAACUGACAGCCGACAAUCGUCCGAUUUCCGAUAAAAUACGACAAACCAAUUGUAGCUGAACCUACGGCGUAAACGGCCAUAGGUAAUGAGAAAAAAAAACCACGGAAAAAAAAUCCAUGGUAUAAAAAGCCACGGAAAAAAAAGACAAUCUGUAUGCUUCGUAAUAUUAAUUUUUUUUUUUUUUUUUUUGUUUUUUCUCCGACCAACCAUUAAUUUUCCCACCAGAAAAAUUACUGAAGUUAAAUAUAAGUUGAAUAAAGUUUUACUAAAAAUAAAAACAAAAACAUACACAUUAUGCAAUCAAUAUCAAUCAAUAUUAAAAAAAUUGUUCUAUAAGGCAUUAGCAAACAAAAAUAAUAAUAAUACGUUCAAAAAAUAUACUACAGACAAUUUCAAAAAUGUCAAGUACCGCUGGGCGGAAAUUUAAAAACACAAAAUCGGAAUGUCUCGUCAACAGUUUGACGGAAAUUAAAAAUGUCAAUACCAAAAUGUAUUUUAGCAAAAGCUUCAUAGAUUUACGGUAUUUUUAACAUAUAGGUCACCAUUUGAAAAUCAAAAUGUUGUAGUAUAAUUUCACAACCGACCGUAAAAGUGGCAAUUAGCAAUUAGCAAGUGUUACAUUUUUGCGCUUUGCUCGUUUCUUAAAUAUUUCAAACUACUAUAAUUCCGAAAAAGUUAAAUAUUUUCGGAGAUAACGAGUAAUUUAACUUAGUUCAUUGUAAUAUCAUAUACAAAUAAAUAAAUAAAUAAGAUAUAACAAACGUCUUAUUCUAUUAAUAUGUUAAUCGGUAGAAUCGUGAUUUUUAAUUUUUUGUUUUUUUGUUUUUGCAGUUACAACAGCACUGGCCAUUGACGACCUCACGUAUCAUUCAAUGCACCUGUACAAAUUAUAAACUGCGGCAUUUAUCCAUGUAAAUAAAGACAAAGUAAAUAAAAUAAUACGAUUCAAUACUUAUGCGCAUACACAAUGUGUAGUGCCUAUUGUAUUAAUUAAAUUUUAAAAAUUACACGAAACAAAUAUUAUACCGUUAUAAUUCAUUUUUCGGAGAAGUUGAAAUAAAAAAAAAGACGGGCACACUACGCACGUGGUUGCAGCCACUGUUGUAGGUGAGAAGUUGAGAAGGUGGGACAUAAAAAGGAAUGUAAUAUUUAUCUGUAAGCAACAAUUAACCAUUGCUAACGAAAAAACGAUUCUGAGCCGAGUUCAAUUAAUAGUGAUGCUUUGUCAACAAUUUAUAAUUUGUCAUUUUACGGUAAAUUAAUUAAAUAGGCAUUAUAAAUUUUCUUUAAUAUUAUUGGUUUGAUAUUGUGCCGAUUUUCCUACGCUUUUCCUCCGUUUUUUCCCAUUUGUUGAGAAAACUCCUGAGAAAAUCAAAAAAUUACCUGUAUAGCACUGUAUAGCGACCUAGGGCAGUGACGCAACUAGAACAGCUCAUGUAAUGCACGCGGUAAAAUAUCCAACAUUAUUAUUGUUGCCAUACACCAGUCCGUCGACUGAAAACUCGGAAUUAUGCCUCGUGCCCGGAUUUAGGACGCCUAAAUGGCACGGGACCGUCACGCCACCCUAUCGAACUGCUUGAUCCGGACUUGUGCACACAUAGGCGUCGUUUGAUGUAAAACCACUGGGUAGCAGCAAACAUCUUGAAUACUAUUUUUAAUUAAAUCGCGGUCUAAUGAAGUUCGCCUCACUUCAUUAGUCGGUAUAAAUCAUUUAUCGGGUCCUAGUCGAUUGUUCAUUAGAAUAAGGUAGGUAAAAAAAUAUCAAAUAAAUUUAGAAAUACAAGUAAUCAGUUGACUGGUCUUUAUAUACGUUCAAAUUCAAUACAGCCGAUAGUGUAAUUAUUACAUUCGUGUGAUCACAUUAUGAGAAAAAGCAAGACAAUUAUAAUUUUUUUUUCGUACAAAAAUUGCCUACGGGGUGACAAUCCGCAACCCCGAUAGAAUUUGUGGGGUAUCGUGUUGCUACCCCUCGCUAUCCCGUAAUUACGCCUACGCAAUAUUGCGCACGUACCUAAAAUACAAUAACGAUGGUGCACCUACAUACAAACGCGUAUAUAAUAUCAUCUAUAAUAUUAUCGAGUGCGGAUAACGGUAGACUGCGCAUAAUAUUCAGAGGGCUAUAAAAGGGUUCCUUCUACUUUUUUUUUUUCUUUUGUUUUUUUUGUUUCUCGGCGCAGCCGAUUAUCGGAUUUAACCGGGUCGCGACCGACGACGUCGGCGAUACGGCCAUACGAGACGACGAGCGCGUCAUCGCCGUCACGCUGCGUUCACUUCGGCCGUGAAACGAUUCGACUACGCCGCAGUAAAUCGAAUUUGCGGAUAGUCGCGGACAGUCACGUUCGGACGGGUACCUACUGCAGUUCGCGGCGGGUAUACCGGACGGCGGCGGCGGCGGCGGCGGCGGCGGCAGCCGGCUGAGCGCAUCUGUCGCCUCGCGCGCGCGCGGUAACAUUAUUUCCCGUUAAGCGGAUAACGAUAUAAAACGGAGAAAAAAAAAAAAGGCAGUACGCCCCGUCGUCGUCGUAAACGCACGCGGUGGGACCGGGGCUACAGGGGAGCCGGCGGGAUAGUGGCCGAUAUGAAGGGACUGACGCUGCUGGCCGGACUGUUGCUGCUGCGAGGCAUCGCCGCCGGGUUCCAGCGGGGCCCGCACCAUCCCCGGGCGGCCGUGUCCGGCGAACCGAGAAUCGAGACCCACCACCAUCACCAGCACCCCAAGCCCAUGAGCGACACAAAGUUCACCCAAGACAAACCGAUACUGCACGACAAAAGGUCAGUGACGCGGCGGCGGUGGGGUGAGCCGCACGUUCGUAAUGUUAAAAUAAUAUAAUAAUGAACAUGAAUAUUGUUUUUCAACGAUUAUGUGGGUAAAGUUACAGGCGUGUUAUGGCGAUGUAGCUCUCGGUUAACAGUGCACCGUUGUUGUUCACUACUCGAUUACACUGUCGCCGAAACAUUUUAUUCACCGACGGAUACAUAACCAAAGUAACCAAAGACAAGCCUUGGUAGUUUUAAAUAAUAUUAGGCGUGUUUUGGCGAUGCAUUUUUGAGCGACCUGGUUACUGGUUUAGUGAGCAAAUUGUUUCGGCGACACAGCUUACUGUAAUUUAUUGUUUGAUAGCUGAAUGCACCAAGACCGGGCAUAGGCCGAAUCAGCAAACAAUUAUUAUUGAAAACUGCGUUUAGGUACUGUUUUCGGUUAGAUACUAAUAAUUUACUGAUAAGAACUAUAAUUCCAUCCAUUUUCCAUGACAAAAAAACACUAUACAGUAAACAAAACGUUUUAGCGAGUAACCGAUCAAGUAGCAAACAACGCAGCCAACUGUUUAAGUAUACUGAAAGUUGCAUCGCAAAAACAAGCCUAUUGUUCGUCGGUUUUUCGCAAAGUAUAUUCGGUUAUCGAACAGUUUAUUGCAGUAAACAAUAGCACCAAAACUUUGGGGGGGGGAAUGGGUGUUGCUGCUCGGGAAUUUUAAAUAGGAGAUAGGAGUAAAAGAUGUGUUUUACCUACUUAGGUAUACUAUAAUCAUACCUUGAGAAUCAAGUUUUAUUUUCCACUGCAUAUAAUCGAUCAUAAACUAUGAAAAUUAGAUACACUCAGACACUCAUAGGCCAUAAUGAUUAAUUAUUUACCUAAUUUUAUAACAUAUGCCUUAUGCUUAUAACUCAAUUAAUUAAUACACCAUAAUUUAAUUCAUAACUCCACCUACAUUAUCAUUUCUAUACUUAUAUUUUUAUUUUGACACAUGACCUAUAUGACACACGUCAUACAGCUUUACGGGUCAAUGAUUAUUUGUGUUUUCGUUCAUACUUCUCCCUAAAUGAGUAUAGGGCAAGAGAUUCGUGGAAAAGCCUUAUCGGGUAAUUCAGGUAAUCAUUAAAAUGAUAAAAAUGAUUUUAAAAUUGAAUACAAAUUAAAAAACUGACACCAUAUCCCUUAAAAAAACUAAUAUAUAUAUAUAUAUAUAUAUAUAUAUGUCAUAUUUGUAGUGAAAUGAAAAAUUUUGUUUAAAAUUAACAAAAGAAAGUUCCGAAAAACCUAAUGUUUGAAACUAUGUGAUACCUUUAGUCAAAUAUUUCUUUUAUUUAACCGUGUACGGUUCGUUUAAUAAAAUUCAUAGAUAAAAUAAAUUGUAAUUAUUAUCAAUUACAGAGAAAAAAGUAAUAUUAAGUUCAACAAUUCUGAUAAAUACCUAAUAGAUUUGAUAGUAAUUAGACAAUAAUAACAGUGACAAUCGAACCAGGAGGAAUGAGAGAAAUACAUAAGUACCCCAUAUGAGUAAACUGAUCUAGUUAAAUAACUACUUUAAUCAUGUUCCUUUGUAGCCAACAUAGACAAAAAAAAUAUCAUGUACCUUCAUUAUUUAUCAGAUUUUUAGGAAAAUAAGCAUGGCAACUAAUGGGAAUCUAGAAAAAUUGCUCAAAUUACGAAGCACUGAAUGAAAAAUCCAUCUAUUUUAAAUAUAAUAUAAACUAGAGCAAAGAUUCCCAAAGUAUGCAGCGCGGUGUCACCGUUUUGAAUAUUAACUGAUUUAAAAAUAAAUUUAAAACCCAAAAGACAAUGAAACAGUGAGGUCGGCGUCCUUUUUUUUUUGGAUUUUCCUCAAAACAUAUUUUUGUAUAUAUUGUAUAUAAUUGUAUUUUUAUAUAAUUUUAAUGGUAAUACUAUAUUCAUAAUAACGAGUUAUAAUUUAUAAAUAAACACAUCAAAAAAACAAGUGUAAAAAAUAUAAUACCAAUUUAUAAAUGCUGUAUUCAGUAAAACUGGCAGACAACAGAGGUAUAUAAAGGUUUUCUGUACCAGUGUUUCUUGAAUUUUUUACUGUCACAAUCCCCUUUAUGACUAUUCAAUUCAUUAGCAACCCCUUAAUACAUAUCUUAUACAUGGCGAUCUAAUAUUUUAAAGUGUUGGUAACCAUAAAUAACUGGAAACCCCUAAAGGGGAAAUGACCCCCAGGUUGAGAAACACUGCUUUAUAUUAUGCAAUAUAACUGACAAACCAUAAACCUAUACUGUUUAAAUAACUACACAAUUUUUUAUUUAUUGCAUGUCUUUAAUAUAAAAACAUUUGAGAUUUUUAUUUUUUAAUAAAACAGACAUAUUGAAGAAGAUCUUGGACUUCCAGAAAUCAAUGAUAGAAAUUUAACAGAAGAAGAGUUAGAAUUUAGAUAUUUUAUGUGAGUAACAUUAUACAUAGUUCUAUUAAUAUUAUUAAAAUAAUCAAAUAAAUAAAUUGUUAUUUUAGUGCUCAUGAUUAUGAUAAAAAUACAAUGCUGGAUGGAUUAGAGCUUAUGUCUGCGUUUGCUCAUAAUAUGGAAAACUAUGAAGUCAGCACAUUUAAACUUAACUUAGAAGAUUAUAUAGGUACAGUCUUUUUUAAAUUACAAAUAAAACAUAUUAUUAUCUUGUAUAUUUGUAGGUUUAGUGGAUCAAAUAUUAUACGAAGAUGACACAAAUUAUGACGGCUUUCUCAGCUACACUGAAUACGUAAUUGCUAAAAGCAAAUUAAUACAAAAUGUAUAAAAUAUUAUAUUACUUUUUAAAAAAUUAAUUGUUUCUUCUCUCUGUUUAGACACAAAUUUUGAUAGUUAUUUUCAUUUUGUUAAAUAUAUAAUUGUAUCAACAGGCAACAUCUUUGGUAAUUAAUAAACCACGUUCCCAUAAAUCAGUCACUAAUUGCAUAGCCUG